AACAAAAUUCUUUCAUUGAUCUGUGUGUGAAAUUGUGAUGUGUGAUUUUAGGUGAAGAAUUUCGAAAAUACUAUGAAUUAUUUAAUUUAGAUCGUUAGUUUAUCUAAUUUAACUAUAUUAACAGUCGUAGAUCACCAAAGAGUGUGCUACGAGACCAUUUUGUUUAUUAACCUUAAGAAAUAGUAAUGUAAUUAGGAGCCACAAGUAAGUUGUUCAAUAGAGGUAAAAAUGAUGGAUGAAAAUGAUUUAUCAAGUGCAGCAAGCCGCAAAGGCGUUGUAUCCCAAGCGUGGACUCGCGUUUCUCAGAUAUAUCAAAGUGCCCUAGACAGAUGGACUCCACACACAAAGGGGAGAUGGGUGGCCUCUGUAGUGCUUCUACUUGUGUUCCUUCUCCGAGUAUUUGCCAAGCAAGGCUGGUACAUAGUCACGUAUGCAUUGGGAAUCUAUCAUUUGAAUCUAUUUAUUGCUUUCCUGACACCAAAAAUUGAUCCAGCAAUGGAUUUCGAUGCGGAAGACGACAGCGGGCCGGCGCUGCCGACGCGCGCGUCCGAGGAGUUCCGCCCCUUCAUCCGGCGCCUGCCCGAGUUCAAGUUCUGGCUGUCCGUCACCAAGAGCACCAUCGUCGGCUUCUUCUGCACCUUCGUCGACGCCUUCAAUAUUCCAGUAUUCUGGCCGAUCCUGGUCAUGUAUUUCCUUACGCUGUUCUGUAUUACUAUGAAGAGGCAGAUUAAGCAUAUGAUCAAGUACAGAUACCUGCCGUUCACCCACAACAAGCCAAAGUACAAAACCGUGGAGAACGCGGUGACGGUGAACUGACGCCCGCGCGCGUGUUGCGUAGGAGAAAUAUGCAAAACUGUUCUAAUGUAAUAUUUCAUCAAAUACAGUUUUAUUUUAAAUGUUCUUAAAUUGUUUAGUCCCAGUUAUUAUUUUUAUUCGUAUUAAAUAUAUUUUAACUAAA